CAAAGCCGUUGGUUGACCACAUUUGUUCCUUCAGUCUAUACGGUUGUGGUCCUCCUGUCACUGCCUCUAAAUUUAAUGGCGAUCUUCAUAUUUCUUUUCAUAAGUCAAGUAAAGUCACCGGCAGUGGUCUUUAUGUUGAACUUGGCGGUCGCUGAUGUCCUCUUCGUCACCUCUCUACCUUUUAAUAUUGUUUACCGCUUCUCAGGAAACAAUUGGGUCAUCGGAGAAGGGAUGUGCCGCUUCGUCACUGCGGCAUUUUACUGCAACAUGUACUGCUCCGUCCUGCUCAUGACCAGUAUCAGCGUGGACCGGUUCCUGGCGGUGGUCUAUCCCGUGCAGUCUCUUUUAUGGCGCACAGUGGGCAGAGCCUGGCUAGUCUGUCUCUUCAUCUGGAUGGUGUCCAUCACCGCCACCGUGCCGCUACUCAUGAGCAAUCUAACGGUUCAUAUUGACCACCUGAACAUCACCUCUUGUUGCCACACGCAGGAACCGGAGGACGUUCAGAGUUUUUACUUUCCUUAUUUCACCACUUACAUCUCCGUUUUCUUUUUUUUGCCUUUUAUCAUCACAACUUUCUGUUACGCUGCGACCAUCCGAAGUCUGAGCUCGCCCACCAUUGACAGUCCCUUUAAAAAGUCCCGGUCCGUGCUCCUCUGCGUGACGGUGCUUUGUGAAUUUAUCUUCUGCUUCGGCCCGAGCAACAUCAUCUUUUUAGUUUAUUAUCUGACUUUAGAAAAGCCAGUUGGCAACUCCAUGUUUUUUGCCUACACCCUCUCGGUCUGCGUUGGCAGCAUCAGCUGUUGUUUUGACCCUGCUAUGUAUUAUUUGGGGUCUUCAAAGUGUAAGAAGCACGUGUACAGACUGAUCUGUUGUGGCAAAACUAGAAUUGGCCAUAGUCAAACAAGGAGCUCCUCGGGAAUGACAGGUGGGGAGUCUAGUGGCUUUACGUUGUAG